AUGCUUGUCGGCGCCGGAGUACUAAGUGCUUACGACGAAGAAACCCCAGGAGCUGAGUCACAGAUGGGCGGCGUGCUACAGUGCACUUCAUACAUUGCGGGUAUAUCUGGAGGGCUGUGGAUAGUCAUGAAUAAUCUUCUCAAUGACGGACAGCUGAUGAGCCAUGCCAUGGACGAAUUAUUUAUGGAUCUUCAAAGUCCCAUCCUCGAGGGGAUACCCAAUAUGGAAUUGAAUGGCUUACGACACGGCUUGGAUAACGAGCCGGCUGAGACUAUCUCGGCCGAGACCAAUAAGGUAGGGCUACUUGGUUCAAUGGUAGAAAUGAUGUUGCCUAAUUUCGUCAAGAGCAUGUUUUCUGUUGGAGAUGGAGGGAACGCUUUCAAUGUUAAGAGUGUUCUUAACUUCUACAAGGACAUAUCAUUGGAAGCGCAUUCAAAGAAAGAAAGUGGCUAUCGGAUUUCAUUAAUUGAUUACUGGGCACGGACUCUUGCGAGAAGGGUUAUCCCCAAAAGGUUUAGAUCUCCAGGAUUUACGAUAUCAUCGGCAGCCAAACUUCUUUCCUUCCAGAACUACUCUCAACCAUUUCCAAUUAUCACUUCCGUGGAGUUGGUUCCUGGGUGCCUGAAAAACAGCAUUGAUUCACACAUUAUUGAAAUGACUCCAUUUGAGUUUGGAUCAUGGGACAGUUUCUUGAAUGCUUUUAUGAACGUCAAGUAUUUGGGUACAAAACUUUUGAAUGGUGUGCCCAUGGAACAAGAUAAAACAAUUGGAAACAUGUCAGUUUGUACAUCGGGAUAUGAUACACUUGCAUUUCUUACUGCAACCUCGUCAGGUCUUUUCAACACCAUGUUUCGGUAUGUUUACAAGUUAUUACCCCAAUUGACCGAUGAACUGGUUCCCUAUUUGCAGCAAGUUCUUGAAAUCUUUGGGUUUUCCAAGAAACCCGAUUUAAACCAGAAUGCGUUUUCAGAAUACGCAAUUUACUCGCCUAAUCCAUUUCUAGGAUAUCAUAACAAGGAGCUUUUUGGAAGAUCAGUCGAGAAUACAACAUCCUUGUUAUUGGCAGAUGGUGGUGAAGAUGGUCAGAAUAUCCCCUUCAGUCCUUUCCUUGUUCCAGGAAGGCAAGUGGAUGCUAUUUUAGCGUUUGACAUGGGAUCUGAGGUUUAUAAUCGACCCAACGGAUCAUCCUUGCGUGCUUCAGCUAAUCGAUACCAUGCCAAUGAAUCCCAGCUUCGUAUCCCACUAUUCCAGGAUCCGGAUGGAGUUAUAAGAAAGGUGUUUCCAGAGAUACCCAAAAAUGUCGAGAGCUAUUUCUCAAGUUCGUCACACGAAAGGCCAGUAUUCUUUGGUUGUGAAAUGGAGGACUUCCCAAAGCAUUUAGGAGAUGUUCUGCAAGGCUUCAAGCUUCACAGUGGAUUCAUACCUCCGCUCAUAGUUUACCAAGCCAACCAUGACAUCAGCUUUCCCUCGAACACCUCCACAUUCAGAACUACCUACUCUCCAGAAGAGGCACAAGGCUUGUUCAGUAAUGGCUAUGACCUCGCUGUGAAUGCUGAAGACUCACAGUACAGAAGCUGUCUUUAUUGUGCAUUCAUGAAGAGAAAAAGAAAGCAUUUACCGGACUACUGCCAAGACUGUUUUGAGAAAUAUUGCUACAAGGCAGAAUCCUCAACGCACUGA